AAAACAAAGACGGUCAGAGAGUCAGUCAUUAUAACGAUAAAACAACUCGAGUUGCUCUUUGAGGUUGUUGGAUCAAGUUCUAGCUUCUCUUUUAGAGCGUGACCUCGUCUUGGCUCGCAUGUUUGUGCGCACAGACCGGGAGCGGAGCUGCAAAUGGGCGGCAUAGGCGCAAACCUCUACCUCAGCAUGUUGAAUGGGAGCGAAACUUUCGCCAAAGCCUCCGACCACCGCAAGGACUUUGCAGAGUUUAAAAUGGGGAUUCAGGACGCCAGGUACUUUUACCCGGAUUCAAUCGCGAGCAGCCAGGACACUUUGGCGCUGCAGUACCACCCGGAUCAAACCGUGGGAGGGUUCGGAGCGCAGACAGGCAGAUUUUACGCACAAACGCUCAGCAACUGUCCGUAUGGAGGAGUCCGCUCGCCGAACCGGAGCGCGGCAGGACAGGCGUACAUCUCCGGGGCGGGUGACGGGUUCGCCUCGGGAGGAAAAGAUGUUUACCCUCCAUCACCGGAGAGUUACAGCACCGGGUUCCAGCACGGUUACCAGCGGCCGCCCGUUUACCCCCUGCCGGGACUUCAGAUGUGUGGGAAGACGCAGGCGCUUCUCAACAACUACCCACUGUGGGCCAAGUUUCACAAGUUCCAGACGGAGAUGAUCAUCACCAAACAGGGAAGGAGGAUGUUCCCCUUCCUCAGCUUCAAUGUGAGCUUCCUGGAUCCCUCGGCCCACUACAACGUGUACGUGGACGUGGUUUUGGCUGACCAGCACCACUGGCGGUACCAGGGCGGCAAGUGGGUGCAGUGUGGAAAGGCAGAAGGCAACAUGCCGGGAAACCGGACGUACAUGCACCCAGACUCCCCGAACACUGGAGCUCACUGGAUGAGACAAGAAGUGUCAUUCAGCAAGCUCAAGCUUACCAACAACAAAGGGAGUUCCAACAAUGUUGCCCAGAUGAUCGUGCUCCAGUCCUUGCACAAGUACCAGCCCCGACUUCACAUCAUGGAGGUGAAAGAGGACGGAACGGAGGACCCCUUCCACUCUUCAAAGGCUCAAACCUUUGUCUUCCCGGAGACUCAGUUCAUCGCUGUAACAGCUUACCAAAACGCAGAUAUCACGCAACUGAAAAUAGAUCACAACCCCUUUGCCAAAGGUUUCCGAGACAGUUAUGACACGCUGUACGCGCCUCCUGAAUCUGAUCGUCUCACCCCCUCCCCCAAUGAGAGCCAGCAGCUGCUGACGGGAAGCUGCUACCCUCAGGGCUACCUCUCCGAGCCCUAUAUGAGCCCACUGCCUCAGAGUCGCAUCUACGGCCGGGAGAACAUUGGGAUGGGACAACCGCACAAAGACGCGGCAGCCAGUCCCAGUCCACACAGUCGAUGGUACCUGCCUUCCCAGCAAGGUGUUGCUUCCAAUAGGCUAGACUUCACUUCAACCUAUGAUGGGGACUUCUCUGCCAACAGCUUCUACAAGCCAUUCCCCUUGCAGACCUCCACUCACCUUGGUUACUACCCCGACCACCCAUUUGCAUCAACAAGUGUGUCCGUGUCCGCGGCCACGACAGCAGGCUGGAGCACCAGCCGGCCCACACCUCAGUACCUCAACCAUCCCACCAAACAUGGCCCCAGUCUGGGUUGGUUCAGACCUCUCUCAUCGCCAUCGUCCACCUCACCCAGCAACGCACGGCUGCACGCUCCUUCGCUCCUGGAGCCUCUGCAGCCAGUGCUGAUGCAGGACAAGCCAAAAGACAUUGGAAGCGCGACAGGUGAGGACCACUGGCUGGAACCCGCUUCUGUCAAAUCGGCUGAUUCUGUCGACUCAGGGUUGUUUGAGGGCGGCCUGAGUGACAACAAGAAGAGAAGGGUGUCGCCUUACACAUCCAGUACAGAGAACUCACCGCCCCCUCGCAGUUCAGAGGUGUGUGAGAAAGACAGUGAUGCUGAUUAUUACGGCUACUACACCCACUAAAGACCCCAUCCAGGGUUCCUCCUUCAUGGUCAGGUCGCUUGGUUUGAACAACCUCUUUUUUUUUUUUUUUUUUUUAAAUGAAACCAUGUAAAAGAGCCUUCCACUUGCUGGGACACUACAAGUGAGAAAUAAAGAAGGUCAUAGAGUGGCAUACACUCAGUCCCAACAUCAAUGAAUUUAAAUCGUCCUGUCAUUGAAAAGAGGUCCAUGUUGAGGUGUGUGUUUUUUUUUUCUAAAUUGAGACAGCGUUAUGAUGCCCUUGGCCCCUCAAUUUUAUCCUCUGUUUACAUUUUUGUUCAUCAAAGAAAAGUUGCAUUGAAUGAAGUACACCAGCAGAGUACUAAAUUGGAGUUGUACUACAAUCUUAUAAUGUGACCAUGGUUUUCAUGCAAAGUACUACAGUGUCCAACAGAAAGUCCUGAUCAAAAGUUGUUUUCCAAAUGGGAUUUUUCUGAGGCCUUUGCUCGGCUCAAGACUUUUUAAAGUUUUUAUUUACACGGACUUACAUCCACAAGCGUCGACUUGAACAAGCGCUCUCUAGUGGCAGAACACCACCUAAUUGUUGGCAGCACAGACGAGGAUUAAGGGAGUUAAGCAGGACCACACUCCAAAGAAAGCUGCCUCGACCCGGUGAGGACAACCUUCACCGUGUGUGUGACAAUAAUUAAAUCAUCCAAAAUAGAACAUCCUGAUGGCGAGGUGACAUAUCGUGCCAAUUCAAAAAUAGAGGAGCCAUCGCAGCAGGGGAUUUAUUUUUUUAUACUUGUUGUUUUUAAGUAAAUCAUUAUAAAUUGACUGAAAUGUUAUUUUCUACAGCAAAAAUGUGAGUGGGAGUCAAGUGGUUUUCUGUUCAACAACAUACUGAGGCCUGUUUGACGACCCUUGACCUCAUCACACUGUAUGCUGUAACCGUUUUUGGCCUGGUGGACAGCUGAUGUUCAGAAUCUUGUGUGCAGUGCACCAACCCCCUCAGCUGUCACAUGUGAUGUCAUACAAUACCAUGGCAGGAGGUUGGUUUUUUUUUUUGGCCCUGAAGGAUUUCUGCCAGAGAAGCUUUAGGAAGUCAGGUGAUGAUUUAUAAAUAGCAAUAAAAGUCCACCUAAGGGUCAAUUGUGGCGACUGCGAUGGUCGAACACACAGCUACUGUGGCCUGUGAGCUUAUUUACAUUGGCACAUUAUCUGACAGGAACUUUAGCACCUAAAAUGUGUUACCAUGUGCUCCAAUAUGUGAUAUACUAACUAACAUGAAGAAACCAACAAAAGCCUAUCGAUGUGAACUGACAAAUGCCACCACAAACAAAUUAAGAAGAGAUCAAUAAGUGAGCUGAUGGCAAGGCAGCUGGAAAACAGUAUUGGCAGUGGGACGUGUGACAAAUACAAACACCACAUAUAAACAUCAGGAUGAGACAAGCGAUGAAAACCUACAAACAUAUGAGGUCUGAUUUCCCAAUAGCGUUUGUCCUGGUGGAUAAGAAAUCAUUAUUUUCACAGACACAAUGUUAGAGUCCAUCAUCGUGGUCUAUAGAUGUGGGGGUCGUGUCAAAUGACCAGAUGUGCCAUCAGAUAGACAAAAGCCUGUGUUAUGUUCCGACCACCAGAAACAGGAAGCACUGAGUGAUCAGACACUCUGAAUUUCCCCCGUGGUCUUCAGGCAGCGACAUUCACUGACAGAAGUAGGACUUACUGACCAGUGACAUGAAUGAAGUGAGGCUGCAGUCGGCACCGAUCACAGUCGCCCACCUCACUCCCCACCGGUGUGCUAAUGGCCUCUGACAACGACGGGGGUGAAGGAGGGCUUAAAUAUUUUAGAGUUUAGUACAUUGUUAAGUCUGCCUGAUACUGGCCUGUCAGAAGCCGCUCCAAUAUUUGGAUAUUGUGCUGCACACUUGGCCAAUUGUGAGCAAUGACUUGCACCAUGGAAAAAACAAAACUGAACAAUACAGGAUGUUCUGUUUUUCAGGAAGGCAAAAAUAACACUGUAUAUUUAACAGAGAACAGGUCGGUCAGCUCAGUAAACCAAAUGAUACAUAAAAACAUCUUUAUACAUCAGAUAAUUCACCUUUUGAUUUGUAUGUUGAUUCUUAUUGACCAAUUCAUUUCCAAUGCAGAAGUACACCGCUUAUCAAGGGCACUUUCAGUGUCAAAAUGCUCUGCUCGAGCCAUUUCAUGCAUUAAUUUUACUGGAAGUGAACAUCAGGAUGGACAAUCACAUAAAACAGCAAAUGAUAUGUCAAAAGAAAUUUGUUACUUGGAAUUACUACUUGGAUGUUGAACUGGUUUGGUGAAUAUUUGUUGACCUCAUGUCCGAGAAACCGUUUGUAAUUGUCAUUUUGAAUAAAUCUAUGGGCAUAAGAAAAAUUAAAGUGCAAUUAAUGAUGACGAAAAAUCAUAUUCAAUGGCAAUAUUGGAAGAACACAAUGUCAUCUCAAUCAAGGAAUUGUGUUUUUUUCUUUCAUGUGCUGUGGUCACUUAUAAUGGUCUCAAAAAAAAAAAAAAAAAAAAAAAAAAGAAGCCAAAGUUCCACCCCGAGUCCAAUCCUUCCUGAGUGUUCCCCACUGUUCCUACCACCUGUAUGUAAUAAUUGUGCACUGAAAUGUCAGGGGAACAAUAACUCCUCCUCUCUGAGCCAUUCAUGAGACACACAUGAAUAAAAAUGUAAAUACAAUCAAAACUUCUUGAAGGAAAAAGUGUUAUUUAUUAAAGCGACCACAAUGGGAAUUGUUUUUUUUUUUGUAUUUUUUUUUUUUAAAUCAAUAUCAUUAAAGUUCAACAUGAAUAUUCAAGCUCACGUGUCAUUCGUCAAAACUUUAUUCUAUGUAGACAAAGCAUACAUACAUAUUUCCAACAAAUUGGUGUCAUUUCAUUGUAUUGAAUCAUGAACCCAGAUUGACUGAUUCA